AUGGCUCCGAAGGGUCACUUCCACCGGCCGUGCGUGAUUCUUCCCUCCGGAUUUUGGUUCCGGCGUUGCUUUCAUCCUAAAAGAACUUUUACUGCCGCGUUAGUAUGCGCCCUAUAUUUCUUUUUCACCCAAGUGGGCCUUUCCCAACGGAGCCCCACCUGGAUUAUAGCCGGACGGAACCAAGUCAAUCCAAAAGGGGUGUUAAAUUUAGGUUUGUUAAACGCAAACUCGGCGGUUCCGACCCGCUCCAAUGUGGUGUACAUCACCCUCAAAUCAAAACGCCUCAAGCCGUCCAACAUUCGCGGCACGGUGCGACCCAAACUGCGGAGGAAAGCGAGAAGAACUACGCAUCCGCAUUGGAAUAUACAGGACGGUACAGGAGCGGAGGGUCCUGUCAGUUCUAUCCGGAUAUACAGCCGCUCCCCUCCGCCGUGGCUGAGCGCGCGCGAUGUGGGUACCAUGCGCGCUCUCGCCGGGGCCAAAGUUUUAAGCGUCCAACACCAACCGACACAAGAAGCUCCGUGGCCCCUCUUGGUCUUCGAGGGAACCCGCCCGGAGGAUGGCAACGCUGCGUGCGGACUCGCUCAUGGCCCGGCGGACUCAGUGGAGGUGUUCGCUUUUCAUUUGGAUCGAGUUCUCGGACUCAACAGAACUUUACCAGCUGUCAAUAGGAAGUUGACCUUUUUACACGAUGGCCAGCCUAGUCCAGUCGUGGCGUGGGAGGGACCUCUCUACCCUGAUGGUGUGAUCCUAACGUGGGCUGAGUACCAGAAAUCCCUGAAACAGCGGUGCUGGAUUGGGAACAUUGCUCCGAGGCCCGAGUCGGGCUGCUCCGUCAUCCAUCACUACGAAUGGAGCAGACUAGCGCUCUUUGAUUUCCUCUUGCAGAUUCACAACCGUCUAGACCCCAGCUGCUGUGGGUUCAAACCACGGCAGCAGGACGGGUGUCAUCAGCCCGGCCGCCAUUUUGAAUGCGAGCAGAGGGACAGCAUCCGACUGGCGAAUGUGGUGCACAGGCGCGACAACCCGCAUCGCCUGGUACUCACCGUCAACAAGGGCUUCUUUGAUCGCAAUGAGGACAACCUGGACUUCAUGCUGCUGGAGGGGAUAAAGGAGCUUCCCGAGCACGCCGUGUCAAUCCUGAGGAGCGGCCGUCUACGGGAAAAACUGCUGCAGUCGCUCUUUAUGGACCAGACGUAUUGGGAGAGUCAGGGCGGGCGACUCGGCAUUGACAAGCUGAUAGAUGUUGUGGAGUGCCGGGCCCAGGUUCUCCUCACGUACGCUAACGGUCAUGGCAUUAGGACGUUCCACAUGACCGAGUGA